AUGAAUAAUUAUCGAUUUUUGAUGCGCGCCAAACAUGUAGAAACAAUUUUCGCGGGUAAAACGGGGUAGAUAAGAACCCUAUAAAAUUGAAGCCUACUCAGCAAUCGGUGGUGUAAUUACACCGAACAUUUUGUGUAGGUUCACGGGAGGAAAGGGGGAAGGAGCGUAUGCUUCCCACAUAAAUACACCUUAUCAUCCAUGCAUUUACACUUAUAUUCUGGUGGGUUCCAUUUUUUAAAGAGAAAAAUACUGUUUCAGAAAUUAUUUCGACGAGAAUUAAUUAUAUUUUUCCAGCUUUUACGACGAGAUUAUCGAAGAUGCGUGAAAUUAUUGAUGGAAUGUAAUGAACAAGUUGCUAUGCAUGCAAAUAUCACCGAGAGAAUUCUUCAUAAUUUCACAAUUGCAAAGCUUUUACGAUUGGCUAGAAAAGGUAAGAUUUUUGAGAAAAGCAAUUUAUCGUGUAAAUUAUGUCUCAAAAUCGAUAUGAUAUUAGAAAGUUCCAAAAUUUGGCUAAAGAUCGGCUUGAAAAUUUAGAUUUUUUUUUAGAAUUUCAGCUACAAAUUGAAAUUUUCAACAAUGACAUGUUGAACGACAAAUUCAACGGCUUCAAAAUAAGCCUAAACAUGAUUUUUUAAUUUCAAAUUUUGUCUUGGGGCUCAAAUUCACAAUUUUGAAAUUUCAGAUGCAGAAAUUUUUCUAUUUUUUUCACUUGAAAAUUCUUUCAAAAUGCUGUUUUUUUUCCAGAUCCUAAACCUUUCCUUGCAAAAGCACGUGAAGAUGCAAUUGCUUGUGAAUGGAAAACUAUGCAGAAAUUGAUUCUUGCCGAAAGCGCAACCUAUUUCGAUUCUGUCGAUAAUUUGGAAAGCCGCGAUAAAGUUUUUGACUUAUUCAGUGAUCUCGAACUCGAAACAUCUCAAACAAUUCCAUGGAUGCUCAUUUAA